CCUUUAUUAGCAUGUAAACACUUGCCAUACAAUAAAAUGCACUUUGAUUAGGGAUGGACUCAAAGGAACACACUGAUAAAGACGAGAGUCAAGCAGCUGAUGUUUAAUUGGAACAAGACCUCCUGUACAUCUACAGUCGUCCGGAUUUAUUUCUUGGAAUCCAUCUAAUUCUUAUCAAAAAUGGAGGAGCAAAAAGAUAGAUCACAAAAAAGAGAAAAAAGACAUGAAGAGACGUGGGAUCCUUUUCAGCUAAAUCCAAUUGGUGCCGAAAAAGAACGCAAAAGAAGAGGCUUUGUUUUUUUGCAGCAUCUGUUUGCUUUCUUUGUUGGACUCUUUGUUCUGGUCUCUGCGUUUUUUAGUAAGGGUUCCCUACUAGUUCUUACUACAAUGGCAAGUGAGAAUUCUUUGAUUAAAAAGGACAGGACUUUCCACCUCCUUAUGGUGGCAUGCAGUUUAGCCAUACCAAAUGUGCUGCUAUUUCUGAAAUCACUUUGGAAAUGUGCAUUCAAGAACUUUGUGGCACCUAAAAUUAAAACAAUGCUUGUGAUAUGCCUGAUUGAAUCCCUUGUGUCAUUUGGUACUUCACUCCUUGCACUAGUUGCAAUGCCCCAUUUUGAUAUUCUGACCAGCCUAUUCAUAUUAGGCAGCGUUUGUUUUUUCUCAUCGAUUUUCCAGGCAGCAUUCCAUUUACAGAAGAAAGCUUGGAAAAUAAUUUUCCCAAUUUGUUCUGUUGUGUUUGUGUUAGCCGGGUACAUUCUUUUAGGACUAGAUUAUUAUAUACGAUCAACAUCGACUAUUACUAAUGGGAAUUCUUCAAAGGACUAUUUGUAUGUUGGUCUUGGUAUAUUUGCAUCCAUCUUGGUGUCUCUUAACUGGUGGGAAAAUGCAUUCCAAGCUGGUAACAAACUGGAUAAUGCCCUGACAGAGUUGGAAGGAUUCAGAGAUUUUGUAUUUAUGAUUUCUAGCAUUCUGAGGACAGCUGUUAUUGGCAUAGUGUUUGCAGUAUAUAUCACAAUUGAAGGUAUUGAUUGGUCAGUUUUCAGUAAGGUUCCAGCUGAUACAGUCCAACGAGGCGUUGGCCUUUUUCUAUUACAAGCUUUUGCCUCUGCUGUGUGCCACUGGUUUGGGGUGGUGGGCUGUAAAAUACAUGCCGUUCGCUGCAGCUUUGCUCUCCCCGUUGUGUUAACAACACCUGCGGUAGUCAUUGCAUUUGUGGCAUCAUUUAUGGUGCAGUUCAACAAUAUCCUUGAAAACAAUGUCAAUGCCACCAUUGGAGGGUUUUGCUUAGAUUUUUAUGAUUACAAACUUAUGAACACUUCAAAGCUGGUUUUAGAUGAAAUCUCCAAUAGCAUUUGCCAUACAUCAGUACGGUAUAACGAACCCUGGGGCCCAGCAGUAAUGGGGCUGGAAGGUCUGUGUUGGUGGGUUGGGCUGUUGUGUUCUACAUACUACAUUUGGACCCAGAAAUUACAGAGAAUAGAACGAACAACUCAGAUAUUUGUUCGCCGACUCUAUGAAGCUGCCUUCAUCGAUCAGUCCUUGCUUUUAAACACCAGGAUGAAAAUCAUCAAAGAGAGAAAACAGGAGAGUGGUGAAAAAGUUGAAAGUUGCUUAAUUUACCUCUGCGCAACAAUGUGGCAUGAAACUUACGAUGAAAUGUUGAAGAUCCUCACAUCAAUGUUCAGGUUGGACAGAUAUAGGGGUGAUGCGAAAGAACAACAUAAAGAUAACUUUGAUUUUGAAUGCCAUAUCUUUGUGGAUGAUUCAUUUGAGAAAGAUACCUGCCAUGUCAACAAAUAUGUGAAUGAUCUUGUCAGUGUUAUAAUAGAAGUUUACAGGGUAUUUACCAACAAGGAGCCAGAUGAGGUGUCAAUAUUUGAAACACCAUAUGGAGGACGAUUAGCCUGUAUACUUCCAGAAGGAAAUAUGUUAUAUAUACAUCUGAAGGAUAAACAGUUGAUCCGUAACAAGAAAAGAUGGUCACAGAUUAUGUACAUGUACUAUUUGCUUGGAUGGAAAGGCUAUAUUACUAAUAAUCCUCAAAGAUUGCAGACAGUAGUUAACCCCUGUCGAGCAAGUCUUGUAUCAAUGAAUGGAAACGCCUUCAUUUUGCCUCAAGAUGAAAGUGACAACAAGAGAAAAGAUAUAUCAGAUGAUAACACAUAUAUCAUGGCAUUGGACGGGGAUACUGACUUUCAUCCAUCAGCUUUGAUCUUGCUGGUGGACCGGCUUCGAAUGUAUCAAAAUGUAGGAGCAGCUUGUGGAAGAAUACACCCUACUGGAAUGGGUCCUAUGGUGUGGUAUCAGAAAUUUGAGUAUGCUGUGGGCCACUGGCUCCAGAAAACAGCGGAGCAUGUUUUUGGUUCUGUUCUCUGCAGUCCUGGAUGUUUUAGUUUAUUUAGGGGAUCAGCACUUAUGGAUGACAAUGUUCUUAAACGAUAUACAACUACCGCAACUAAAGCCUCGGAAUAUGUCCAGUAUGAUCAAGGUGAGGAUCGCUGGCUGUGCACCCUGCUUCUUCAACAAGGCUGGCGAGUUGAGUACAAUGCAGCUUCUGAUGCCUACACCAAUGCCCCUCAGGAGUUUAAUGAGUUUUACAACCAAAGACGGCGCUGGGGACCCUCAACACUGGCCAAUACCCUGGACCUCCUGCACAGUGGUGCAGAAACAUCUAAAAGGAACAGCUCAAUUUCCAGAGCAUACAUAUUCUAUCAAAUAUUCACAGUGGGUUCAUCCAUUCUGGGACCUGCUUCUGUUUGUUUGAUGAUAGCAGGUGCAUUUUCUUUUGUGUUUAACUGGGAUGCAAACUUUGCUAUUGUAUUAAGUGUUAUUCCUCCUGCUGUCUACAUCAUAAUUUGCUACACAACCAAACCUUCAUUCCAGCUGACUGUGGCUGCAAUUCUGAGUGUAUUGUAUGCCUUUCUGAUGACUGCAACCUUCUUAUCUAUUAUAGGUCAAAUGGUAAAGGAGAAGACCUUUAUCACACCAUCAGGCCUGUUCCUUGUGUCCGCCACCAUUUUAUAUGUAACGACAGCGAUUCUCCAUCCCCAGGAGUUUGGUCUACUUAUUUAUGGCCUGAUGUAUGUAAUCUGCAUCCCAAGUGGGUACCUGCUGUUAUCUAUAUAUUCACUGGUCAACCUCCAUAUUGUGUCAUGGGGCACCAGAGAGUCCACCAGUAAGGUGGGAAAAAAGAAAACUAUGGGUGUGGUGUGUGACAAGAAGUGCACAAUGUGUUGCUGGGAUAUAAAAAUAGAGGUCAAUCAGGAGACAGAGAAUGUGGUCCUACAAAAACUCCAACAGACAAUUCAACAAACAAAUCUAAACAAACAGCAAAAUCUAAAUAAUCUACAAGAAAUCCAACUCCAGACCCUCCCACGACAUGGAAAUGAGGCAGCACGUUCCGAAAGUGAAAAAUCUGAUGAAGAUGAAAAUGUAAAUGAAAAUCACAGUCGCUUUGAGGAUGAGGAGGAGCAGGUGCAGGAGCAGGAUGGAAUUCAAGAUAUACCUGAAAGUGUUUGGAUUAAACCUGUUCAAGAAGAAUUCCUAAAAAAACUUACUUACGCUAACUUGAAAAGAAACCUGGCCGAGCAAAUAAAGUACGUGCUGAGAGACGAAAGGCACGAAGAUGUGUGUGAUGAAUUGGUUCUCAUGCUAACAGACACUUUGAAUCAAGAACUAUAUGACACAGUAGGUCCAGAAGAUAUAUUACCUGACAGUUUGAUAGAAGAUCUGAAGGAGUCCCUAAAUGUUUCCGCAAGAAGAAUUCUGGCAAUGAAUGAAAUGGAAAUUCUGCAAAGGAGAAUAAGAACAGCUAUUGAAAAAACACUAAUGGCUCCUCAAGUGGAAAAACUAUCUGAUGAAGAACACGUCUUUUGGAUAAAGUUAAUUGAAAGAUACUUGGAACCUUUGUCAGAGGACCAAACCAAUAAAGAAGAGGUUCAAAGGGAGUUGAAAUCCCUUAGAAACAAGGCAACAUUCCUUUACUUCAUUGUCAAUGUCCUCUGGGUGGUUGCUACAUUUUUCCUUCAAGCCAUUGGGGAAGCCAUCAGUAUCAAGAUUCCCAAAGUCUACCCCAAUGGCACUGUCUCAGAUGAAUAUCUCAAUGUGGAGCCCAUCGGAUUGAUGUUUCUGCUGACUUUUGCAGUGCUGCUUAUUGUACAGUUUUUGGCAAUGCUGUAUCACAGGGUAUAUACCCUUAUCCAUGUGGUAUCCUACAGAAGUAAGGAAAAAGAAUACAAUACCAAGGAUUCUGAUGAUGAAGGUAUAGAUGGAUUGACAAUUACUAAUGACCUGUCACCUAUCUUUCUAUAGAUGACAACAUUCCGAUGUGAAAAUACAAAAUAAGAAUUAUUGUUACAGAUGUGUUCUGUGCAGCUUUAUUAGCUGUUGGGACCAGUCAUUUGCUUGUUUCAUUGAACUUUCUAGCACAUUGCACUUUAACAUUCUAGAAUUUCAAAGAUUUACUCCAAAGUUAAUAAUGAUUGAGAAAAAAAAAAAACCUUUAACAUGUUUGGAAAUAUAUACAUAUUAUUAUUAUUAUUAUUAUUAUUAUUAUUAUUAUUAUUAUUAUUGCUAUUAUUAUUAUUAUUAUUAUUAUUAUUAUUAUUAUUAUUAUUAUUAUUAUUAUUAUUUAUUAUAAUAAAAUUCCAAUAGUAUUCCACUUUCAAUACACACAAAUGAAUAACACAUCAAUAUUUUGGUACAUAAAUGGUAAAAUAGGUAUAAUUUAUAGUCCCUGCACAGUAGAAUUUUUUUUUUCAUUUGUGCUUCAUAACCACUCUAUUUAUAAACUACAGCUUUGGCCAAAAGUCUUACAGGCUGAAAAGGAUGUCAGUCAUUUGGGGAAGCAGCAAUUUCACUCCAAGUGCAAGAUUAUCAGAAAGCAAGCCCUGCUGUCAGAAAUGUAUUUUACUUAGUGUACAGCUAUGGCCAAAAUGUUGCAUUUCCUAGAAUUAUAGGAUUGAGACAUAAUUCACAUUUGUCAGUUUUUCAUUAAGUAUAUGGAAAAAUAUAAAACGGUAUGUAAUUCAAUAUGUUAACGUAAUAUUAUGGUUUUCAUUCAACUUUAUGAAGCAAAAUGAGUUAAUUCUAUAGAGUGAUGCAAAACUUUUGGCCAUAGCUGUAUAUUGGUUUUGGUAAUUUAUUAUUUACAUUUUUGGCUUACUUUAACUUGCUUGAUAUUUAUUCUCUUACCUAUUAUAUAUGUGCAUUUAAACAGUUUAUUUUUAAUUAGUUUCAUUGUUUUACUGCAAAUGGUAACUUAUUGUAAAUUGUGUUUGAAAACUUUGUACAGAUAAUAAAUUA